UAGCAGGCUUUAAGAAAGUGUAUAAAGUGCGUCAUUCGCUUCAGUCAUCUUCAGGGUGCACUUCUCUGUCAACACCGACAGAGGGAGACUGUCAUCACUUCAUCUCAACAAGUAUGGCGGCGUACAGAAGGAAAUUGUUCGCUGCUGGACUGAGCUGUGCUGCUUCCUUGAUGAACAGAAGCUCCUGUCAGAGCAGUCGCAGACUGGCUGUGCUGCCCACACUCAUCAGGAAGAACUGGAAGACGCUGAGUGUCACAGGUGCUCUGUGUGCUGUUCCUUUCAUCCAGAAACCAGAAAAUCUGUCUCAUGAAGAUCUGGUACGGAGAGCGUCGUCUCUGGUCACUGACAGUACUAAUACUUUUGUCUCACAAACUACUUUAGCGCUGCUCGACUCCCUCUCAGGCUAUGUUAAGGCUAUAAACAGUCUCGUGACGUUACACAAGCGCUAUGUGGAUUCUAUCAGCAAACUUUCUCCUGCGGAGGAGAAUGCUAUCUGGCAGGUCAUCCUUGGUCAGCGUCAGGAGGUAAUUGACAAGAGAAAGGAUUACAAACAAUUUGAAUCCUGCUGGAUGACUGCCGUCAAUCUCUCAAAGCUGGCAGCAGAUGCAGCCUUCAAUGCAGGGGCUGACCAAGCUUCUGUGACGGCACAGAGCAGUCUACAGGUCGCACAGUCCCAGGUGGAACAUUUUCAACAGCUGAUGCAGGAGGCUGAGAGAGAACUCAAAGACUCUAAAGCUGAGAACAGCGAGAGGCUUCAAAACCACAGCACUGGAGUGGAGGAUGAGGACAUCCCAGAUGCAUAUCUACGAGAGGACUAGUCAAAUCAAGACCUUUAGCACAGCUUUAAAGUAUCUUGAUACAAAGACCCCUACCACUACUGAAGCACAGAUUUGAAUUUGAAUUUGAUUAAUACUCCCAUCUGCAAGUUAUUUAUUUGUGUGUGGCAAAGGACAAAUGCUGUGAAAUGAGCUCAAAUCUGUGAUGCAGCCAGGACAAUUUAUAUAAAUGAAUAUAAGUAUUAAAUACAAAACUAUCAGGGUAAGAAAUGGGACUUGAUAGAUAAAGACUUACUUUCCAGGUCAGGUGCUUCACAUUUGUUAGUAAUUGAUAAGUGCAAUUACAGUUUAAUUACAUGGAUUUAAAUUUAAACUACUUUUAGAUUUUAAAACAGUUGUUUCAUAAAUGUUCUUUUUACUGUAUGCACAAUAUGUGUGAUCUAUAAUUACAGUCAGAUGCUACCCUUGUAAUUUCUUCUUCUUAAAAUAAACAAUGGAAAUCAUUUGUUUUGAUGAUAA